GUUGAAAAUAUUGUCGUUUACUUUCGAUUACUUUCCAUUCGAAUUCAUUAUCGGAUAGAGUUAUCAUUUAUAAGAGAUCAAAAGACAUAGGAAUCGAUUACUUAUUAAUUAUUUAUUAAUUAUUUUCGCGAAUAGGACCCUAUCAGGAAACAAUAUUUUUUAAUGUUUUUUUAAAUAUUUAGAAAACGUUAUAAUAAAGAAUAAAUAUUUAAAAAAACAUUAAAAAAAAACAUUAACUGCUGAUAGGGAAAAAGAUCGUAAGAAUGUGUUGAAAAAAAAAAACAGCCAAUGUGGGAAUAAGUUUAACAGCAAGUUACCAGUGUUUUCAAGAUGUUUUCUACUCAAUACUUCUACGCAAUAAUGAAUAAAGAAUCUUUGUUAAACUUCACGAUAACAGUUACUGAAACAUUUAAUGCAGACAAGAUAAGGAUAUAUUAUAUUAAAAAAGUGUUAAAGCUAAGAUAAAAUAUUUUUAUGACAACAUAAAAUCAAUUUUAAUCUAGUAAAAUAACAUAUAAAUCAAAAUAUCAAUUUAAUAGAAUGAAAGAUAUUACUUAUCGCCUUAAUAAAUUCAAAUCUCAAUUAACUUAUCGGUCGUCAAACGCACGCAGUCUUUGCAACAAUGCAACAACAAGCAAUUUAUAUUUGAAUGGAAAAAGUUUCAAUACCAUAUCAUAUUUUUUGUAAUUGCUUUUACGUAACAAAGUGUUCUUCUAUUGUCGAUGACACGAUUGUUCGGUACAAUUGAAUUCUGUGUAGUCAAACAUAAUGGAGACAACGUCCGUAAUUUACAGACGGUCUCAUAUUUCCCAUUCAGCAAACGACGCUCGUUAAAGUCAUCGUAAAUACUUUUACUACGUUUUUUAUCGAUGCUAUUUUGAUCGUUACCCUUUUUGCGGAUUCGAUUCAGGUGGUUUUACGCAAGCAAGUGAGGCCUAAUUCAUUUCUUACUGCGCUUAGAUGCACCGUCGAUCAUAAGGCAAUAAGGAAACGAGAAGGAACGUCGAAACGGCGAAAGGGAGCGGGAGAGAAACGGCAACGAAUUUCGGAGUCUCGGAGUAUUGCUAUCAGUCUUCGGCGAGGAGCGCGUGACUGUGCUCGCGAUUUUCUUAUACCGGUUUCACGUAAAUGUCCGCAGUGGUGCAGUGUGACACAAAGAUCUAUAUUAUUCCUCAUAUACGUCUUCUUUUUAUCUUUUUUUCUCGCGCAUGCUCGUUAAGGGGAUAAUUUAUCUUUCAUCGUAUUUUCUUGCGUUUACGUUUUUUUUCUUUUUGCGUUUAGGAAUACAUGCUGCUUCUUGAUUGAUAAUUACCUGCGUAGUCAUUAACUGCGACAUGAAUCGGUCGUCGAUUGACGCAAAUCAUGACUUUGCGUUUCAUAACGGAAGAUUACAUAUGUAGAAGGUUAAUGUCUCAAAACCGAACGAAACAAAACAAUUGCACACAUGCUAUAACUUAUUUAAAUUUGAAGCAUCGAUUAGAAGAUUUCCUAGCUCUUGUAUCUAGUUGACUCAAACUUUAUCAAAAAGUUUCGUAAGUCACACAAUCUAUAUUGGAAUUAUUCGAUAGAAUUUAUAUUUUAAACGAAUUAUUACACAGAAUUUUGAUAAUAUAUCAUCUUAGAAUUGAGAGGUACUCCAACGUUUGUACAGUUUACUUCUGACGCAUAGAGAUUUCUGUGGUGGAAUUCGUGUAGUGUGAAAUAACGAUUUCGGUUUAGAACAUUCAGAUUCCAUGUGUUAUACGCGUGACUGGAUUACGACACGUUAUAUAAAUAUUAUACAAUAAAUAAGAUCCACGUAACCAAGUUUUAAAUGAUAAUAAGCUCUUUAAAAACAAAAGCGAUUAUUAGGCAGUCGUAUAAACGUUCUUGACCUCGUUUGCUAUUUUGUUGAUUUUUAUCUCUGGGAUUCACUCUACUCGGAAGCAUAGCAAUGCAUAUUUCAAAAAAUAAUCGCUGCUCAUUUUGCUGAUAGUUAUAUAAAUCCGUUACAAAAUCUCAACAGCGUAUCAAUUUGCAAUUGUAAUUAAAUGAAAAACUUUACAGUUUCUAAAAGCACUCUGGCGAUUCGUGCAUGACAAACGGCGUCCGAUAAAUUCAAAACGUGAUUAGUCAUCGUGAUUAAUCAUCGUUAACUCUAUUGCUCUUUGAAUCUGAUCAUUGCAACUCGUUCACAGUUGCUUGACAAUGUUGAUCGAUGUACGCUUACUUUAAAGUGAGAACUGGAAAAAUUCUAUAUAAUGAGAACGAGGCAACCAAGUCGACUUUCGGUCUCAUCCGUACAAAUGGCUGAUCUUUCCUUUUCAGAGCCGGUUUUCUCCACUGAUGUCUCCAUUUUAUUAUCCUUGACACCGACAUUUGGCUCAAAGCCUUCAACAGAAAUCGCCUUUAGCAAAAAGAAAUUGGCUUUUGCACAUUGACAGAAAUUUAUCUUGACAAUUAGUUACUAAAUGCACAUACACACACAUUGCUUAGUACAGCGAACGUUCACAGUUUUCGCAAUUUAAUCGACAUAUGAAAAAUGUUUUAUGAAAAUUAAUCGUUUGCUUAAAUUUCAUUCAAAGACCGUCAAUCGCCCAAAGCUCACGAGGAAUAAAUGUCGUCACCUCUUGUUAUCGUCACGUUAUAACAACGUUGGUAGGCGAUGUAUUCCCAUAAAUCUGUUCAUGUGGCGACACCGACUACGUAUAUUUUACGAUGUCUCGUGGUCGUCACUAUGAUCGCCGCUGCGGCCACGUUUUUACAUAUUAACAAUUACAGGCCCAAACAAACAUUCCUCUCGUGUGACAGACCGUGUCAUCAUUUGGAUUGGCCUAUGAUCUGCCGAGUGAAACUCACGUUAGAAGUCUUCCAAUCGCUCAGCAAAUCAUGCGGUGACUGUCCAUUGAAUCAAACGGCUUGUCUGGCCAAUCAUUGCGUUUCCGCGGAUGGACAAAGACGGGGUAUACUUACGGCGAAUCGUCAAAUGCCAGGACCCAGUAUUCAGGUUUGUGAAAACGAUAUCCUAGUGGUGGAUGUGAUAAAUCGUCUUCCCGGUAAAGCAGCAGCAGUGCAUUGGCGUGGACAAACACAAAUGGAAAUGCCUUAUAUGGAUGGAGCACCGUUGGUCACGCAAUGUCCAAUACCAAGUUACACGACUUUCCAGUACAAAUUUCGCGCUUCCAUACCCGGUACACAUCUCUGGCAUGCACACGCAGGAGCCGACGUAACGAAUGGCAUUAUCGGAUCGUUGAUCGUAAGACAGGCGGACCUUCGGGAACCUCAUCGCACUCUUUAUGAUAUCGACGAUCCCAAUCACGUGGUUCUAAUUACUCAGUGGCAACAUUCGUCCGAAAUAUCGUUUAAUCAGGAUUACUCGAAACCAGCGAUUCUCUUAAUCAAUGGGAGAGGUCGCCAGCCCAGCGGACCCGCGGUUCCUCUAAGUGUAUUCACGGUCAUUCCAGGACGACGUCACAGAUUUCGCGUCGCUAAUGCCGGAGGCGCCGGUGCGUGUCCGGUGACGCUUUUCAUCGACGGCCACGUGCUUCUCUUAAUCGCACUUGAUGGACAUCCUAUAGAGCCUCAACAAGUCACUUCGAUUACUCUGGCUAAAGGUGAAAGAGCAGACUUCGUUCUCAAAGCAAGCAAACGUAUCGGUUCUUACUGGAUGAACGUGCACACAACGGAAGAAUGCGGAACAAGUGCGAUAAAUGGCUCGGCUAUGCUCAAUUAUAAAGGCAAUUCGAAAAAUCCUGCUACAACGGCGGAAGCUAUCGAUGAGCCUGAUAUCGAUGAGACAGGGACGGACCAGCUGGCCAUGACGACAAAUCCCGCCGCGAGAUGUGGCGACCGAGAGCAUUUGUGCGCCAUGGAUAUUCAAAAUAUCCGUAAAAUGCCACAGACUCUGGCUAAGCCCACGACGGACGUGACACUAUAUCUGCCAAUUAAUUAUAAGAUGCAAGCGACGGAACUGAUAGGUAAUAGCGGGACGGAGACGCGAGUGUUGAAUGUAGACAACGUUACUUUCACGUACCCGUCGUCGCCGCUAUUAACUCAAGCAGAGGACGUGUCCCCGGGAAUGCUGUGCACCAACGGCGACGAAGACGAUCUCAAUGAGAGCAACGAGACCGUGUCGCAGCGCCGGUGUCGUCAGAUUGGCGAUAUCAGCACGGGCGACAUAUGCGAAUGCGUACACGUGCGCCACGUGCCGCUCGGAGCGACCGUUGAGAUUAUUCUUUUGGACCAGGGUGGUCUGGAUGAUCUAGUUUACCACCUACACGGCUAUAGUUUUUACGUAGUGGGCGCCAGACAAUUUGGGCGAAAUAUGUCACUGCACGAGGUGAAAAAACUCGAUGAGAGAAGACAGCUAUUUUCGCGGAAUCUCGAUUGCGCACUAGCCAAGGAUACUAUCGUCGUGCCCAAGUUCGGUGCCGUGGCGUUGCGGUUCAAAGCCGGCAAUCCAGGUUAUUGGAUGUUACGAGAUGAGCAUGCAACCGAUUGGACUCGUGGUUUAGAUGUUAUCCUACAAGUCGGAGAACCUAGCGACAUGGUGGCCGCGCCACAGGACUUUCCCAAGUGUGGAUCCUUCGUUGGACCCGAUUAUUUCCUUAUAUAGACUGUUUAAGCGUUUAAAUAUAUAAUUGUAUAUAAUUGUAUAUAAUGAUAGGGCGCUUCGGACAAAAACCUACAAUUUCUUAGAUAAAUUUUACGAUUUUUUAAUGAAUAAACAUUAUAUUCGCCAUGUU